AUGGUCCACUACGCUAUUCUCGCAUCUGCUCUUCUGAGCAUCGCCGCCGCACAAUCCCUUGGCAAAGGCAAAGAAGUGCAUCCUAAGCUCACCACUUACGAGUGUACCAAGAAGGGAGGCUGUAAAGCGCAGGAUUCCUACAUCGUUCUCGAUGCAGCUGUCCACUCGAUCCACCAGAAAAACGACACCACCAAGGGCUGCGGAGACUGGGGCAAGGCAGCCGACCCAACCGCAUGCCCUGACGAGAAGACCUGCGCAAAGAAUUGCAUCUUGGAACCCAUCAGCAACUAUGCCGACUACGGUAUAACCACCAAAGGUGCAAGUCUACGCAUGGACUUCUAUGGCAAGGACAAGAAGUUCCAGAGCCCGAGGGCGUAUCUUCUUGCUAAGGGCGAGAAGAACUACGAGAUGCUGAAACUGACUGGCAAGGAGUUCACAUUCGAUGUUGAUGUGUCGAAGCUGCCUUGUGGCAUGAACGGUGCUCUGUACCUUUCCGAGAUGAGGGCAGACGGCGGGCGUUCGAGCUUGAACCCUGCAGGCGCGGCCUAUGGUACAGGAUAUUGCGACGCUCAGUGUUUCGUCACUCCUUUCGUCAACGGUGUUGGUAACAUCGAUGGUUCUGGCGUCUGCUGCAAUGAGAUGGAUAUUUGGGAGGCCAACAGUCGCUCUACCCAGAUCGCACCCCACACGUGCAGCAAACCCAGUCUGUUCAAGUGCCAGGGUGCUGAGUGUGGAGCCACCGGUCUUUGCGACAAGAACGGCUGCGGCAAGAACUCUUACCGUAAUGGCGUGAAGGACUUCUACGGCCUCGGUCUCAAGAUCGACACCAAAAAGCCCUUCAGCGUGGUCACCCAGUUCCCGGCCAAAAAUGGUGUGCUCCAGUCGAUCGAGCGCAAGUAUAUUCAAAAUGGCAUUGUCUUUGAGGACCAGCCCAAGAACAUCACGAUGAACGACGCAUACUGCUCCACACAGGGCGCCGAUACGUUCAUGAAGUUGGGUGCCAUGAAGGGCAUGGGCGAAGCGCUGAGCCGUGGUAUGGUAUUGGCGAUGAGUGUUUGGUGGGAUGAAGGUGGCUUCAUGCAGUGGCUUGAUGGCGGAGAAGCGGGUCCUUGUGAUGCUACUGAGGGAGACCCAAAGAACAUCGUCAAGGUGCAGCCAGCACCUUCGACUACUUUCUCUAACAUCAAGUGGGGAGAAAUUGGGUCAACGUUCAAGGGAAGGAAUCAGUGGACCGCAUAG